UGUUAAAAAAAAUUAUAAACAAAUGCGAUAAAUUUCGUGGGCGUUGCCACACAUUACAGUUCUGAUAAAUCAUUGAUUACAAGAGAUAAGCCCUCGCAAAUACCGCGACAUUGUACUAGAUAUGAAAAAGGGCUAUUGUGAUAACUGGUUUACUCUUGAUAUCAUUUUUAUAGUGCGUGUUUUACUGUCAUUGUUCCCAUCAAAGUAUACGAUUUUCAGGUGAAAUGCAAUGAAAAUUAAACAAAUGAUAUCAUUCUGAUAAAUUUAAUUAUAUUUCUACCACGCUUUCAUUCAUCAAUGUAGAAAAUCGGUGUCAGAACCCGGUUGAAAUAUGUUUAAAUUGUGGUGAAUCAUUUUGAUAAUUAAUCGAAGCGUAACGGGUGAAAAUGAUCAAGAAAUGUGUUAUAACUAUUUUAUUAUGCGCUGGUGUUCACAGCCAAUCGAACAAAGACCUUUAUAAUGGGCAAUACAAUAGUGAGUUUUACAAUUCGGAGUAUGACUCCAAAAGACCAACAAGACUUCCAAACCCUGGUGAUAGUGACUACAGGACUUACGUUUAUAAUAACAGGCGGUAUGGCACGGAUCCUACCCGGUAUAACCCCUACAAUCCUAACAUUAACCAGCCUGGAGGCUUCCCAUAUAAUCCACUGAAUACAAAUCCAUUGGAUGAGUCAUUCAAAUAUAACACAAAUCGUGACCCAAAUAACCCAGAUUCCCUGUUUCCUGGUGUUCUUGGAGGAUGGAGAGAGGACUUGCAGGGCCGGGAGAGACAAAAUUCAAGGCAGCUUAAACGGGACAUAUUUGUUAUGACCAAUUUUGGUCAAGUUCAAGGUUUUAAGGUAUACCUGUAUGACAAUCCCGACCCGGAUUCUGGUUACCGACCGUGGCUCACACCCGUGGAGAGGAUACAGGGUGAAGUGUCAGUUUUCUUGGGCAUUCCGUAUGCUAGGCCUCCGGUUUUGGAAGGCAGGUUCAAGCCUCCUCGCCCCCACCCCGGCUGGCAACUGCUGCAGGCGGUGGACUGGGGUCCAGCGUGCCCUCAGCCGGUGAGGUUUACAGGGGCGACAAAAGGAAUAAGGGACAUGGACGAGGACUGCCUGUAUUUGAACAUAUUCUCGCCUAAUACGGAAGCCGGCGCGACCGCUCAGAAGUACCCAGUGAUGGUGUACAUACACGGCGGCCAGUUCACCUCGGGGGCGUCCAAUCUGUUCCCGGGACACAUGUUGGCCGCCUUCUAUAAUGUUGUCGUCGUCUCGUUCAACUACAGGCUGGGUGCUUUGGGUUUCCUGUCCACCGCCGACGAGAACUCCCCAGGGAACUACGGCGUCCUGGACCAGGUGAUGGCGCUGCGCUGGGUGCGGGACAACAUCGCGCCCUUCAACGGGGACCCCGCGGCCGUCACGCUGUUCGGCGCGGGCGCGGGCGCCGCCUCCGCCGGCCUGCUGGCGUUAGCGCCGCAGGCCAGGGGAAUGGUCACCAGGGUCAUUGCGCAGAGCGGAUCAGCCCUAGCCGACUGGGCGUUAAUAGAAGACAAGUAUCGCGUACAAAACACGUCUCUAGUGUUCGGCCGGCUAUUGGGAUGCCCCAUCGACUCUUCUUGGAAACUGGUCAACUGUCUCCGACAAGGAAGGAGCUUUUACGAGCUGGGGAACGCUGAGUUUCAGCCUCAAGUGGGUUUCAUACCCUGGGGUCCAGUUCUGGAGAACAACUUCACGUUCCCCGGGGAUCAGUGGUACGAGGGCUGGCGGGAGAGGGAUUGGCACUUCUUGUCCAUGAAGCCCGAGGAGCUGAUCGCGAGGAGGGACUUCAAUCCAGGCUUGCAGUACAUGACCGGGGUCACUACGCAGGAGGCCGCUUAUGUUAUAUACAACAACGAGUCACUAGCGCCUAACUAUCAGAUCAACGAAGGUUGGUUUAACCAGAAAGUGGCAGAAUUGGUCCUUCGCUACAACUACACUCUGAACCCGCGCGGCGUGUACGAAGCCAUCCGGUACAUGUACACUUAUCACCCGGAGCCGCACAAUGUUAGCGCCAUCAGGGAUCAAUAUAUACAUAUGCUAUCCGAUUUCCUGUACCGAGCUCCCACCGACAAAAUGGUGAAACUGCUUCUAGAACAAAACGUGCCGGUUUACAUGUACGUUCUCAACACGACCGUGGAAGCUUUCAAAUGGCCGGAAUGGCGGUUGUAUGCGCACGACACCGAACAUUAUUUCUUGACCGGGGCACCUUUUAUGGACCAGGAGUUCUUCCCGGUGAAACAGAGGAUCGAGAGGCAGGCGUGGACGCCGAAUGACAGAAACAUGAGUCACUUUUUCAUGAAGGCUUAUUCGGAUUUCGCUAGAUUUGGGAACCCAACAAGAUCUCGCAUCUUAGGAGUCCACUUCGAAGUGGCCAAAGCCGGACAACUCAGAUAUUUGAACUUGAACACGACAUACAACUCGACUAUACAGCUCAACUACAGACAAACUGAACUGGCAUUCUGGACGAUGUAUCUGCCAACCGUUAUAGGAAGAUUCGUGCCCACUUAUCCGCCUAUUACUGAAUAUUGGUGGGAGCCGAAGCAGCCUCUGCAAAUAGCAUUCUGGACUGUCUCCAGCGCCUGUCUCCUGCUGAUAGUGCUUGUAGUAGUGUGCUGCAUGCUCUGGAGGAAUGCUAAGAGAGAAACAGACAGGUACUACAGCGGUGACAUCUUCAUGGUGCCGGAGAUAGAAGAGAGUGGAAUUGAGAACGCCACGAGGUCUCGUGAGAAUAUUUACGAAUAUAGGGACGUGCCUAUUAAAACCAGACCUCAGACUCCGACUAUCAGCAGAGCGACUAGUCACCCGGCGACGCUACAAUCUUCCCGCCCCCCGUCUCAAGCCUCUACAGGGUCGGCAUUGUCCCUUAAAGAUUCUCAGGUGUCACGUGUUCCGGAACCGCUUCCACGUGCAAAAAGCCGCACUCAAAUCGUACACGGCAUACCCCAGACAACUGUAUAAAUGUGAGUUUUAACUUAAGAACACGCGGGUACGGUAGUUUCAAGCGACUUUAAAAAAAGAAGGUUCUCAUUUGUAAUUCAAUGUCACGGGAAUCACUGUCACGCUUCGUUCCAGACGAGAUGAGAGAUACCUUUUUCCACUUGAAACGAUUCAUGCAUACUUUUUUGGUCUUGUCUUUUAUAUAAAUUUAAAAAUUAUAAAAAUGAAAUUGGCAUUGAUGUGUAAACCUUGUUUCGAGGUCCAGUCACCAGUGGUUCUAAAACAUAAUUUUAUAAAUAAAAAAAAACUUUAUGCAUUUAACAAUUCCAUCAAUAUCAUGGCAUUAGAAUGUAUUAGGUGUGGUACACGCCUGAACCUUGUAUAAAAGUGACAUAACUAUUUCUUCUAUGUAAGCUUUAUACAUUUCGUACAAGUAAGAUGCCAUUAAGUACCAUACAAUUAUAGACUGACUUAUUAGUUUAAAUUAGACUUAUUCUGGCAAUAAUGAAAUUAAUAAUAAAUAUCUCAAUUCUAUUACUAAGCCAUACAGCUGAACGUGGCAUAUCAGUCUUUUCAAGAGUGUUGGCUCUGUCCACCCCGCAAGGGACAUAGACGUGACUAUGUGUAUGUAUGUAAUAAUUAAAUAUACGAAACGGAAAUAAGUUUAUUCGGAAAAGUUACCUUAAAGGUAUGAACAAUUUUUUUAUAUAUGUUUUGUAAGUAAGUAAUUAUAUUUUUUUGCUUUAACUAUUUUACAAUUUUAAGUGUAACACCUUUUCUUUCUGUUUAGUGCAAUUUAUAAUGUAAGCGCGCUUUAUAAUAAAAACUUAUCCAGUCAGCUAUAAUAAUAUAAAAAAAAAUUUUGACAAACUUAAAAAAAAAUAUUAAAAAUAAAAAUUAAUGUACAAUGUCUCAUAUCAGCCAGUGUUUUAGAAAGUUUACUAUGAUUAUGAUAGUAUUUUAUUUUUUUCGUGAUAACCUCCCAGGGAAAAAAUGGUUGAGAACAAUGAUCUUAAGCCAAUGAGCGCGCGAUGUUAACCUGUUUAUUGCGAGGGGAAUGUUACUUGUUACACAUUAUAUAGUAUAAGAGAUAGCUGUAUUUUUUGUAACUAAAUAUGUAACAGGCUGAUUUCGUAAUCAGCAUAUUUGAAGCCUUUCUGUGACGUGUAUGGUAACAAUCUGUGCCUGAACGUAGAAUUAUUAAAAAAAAGGCUAUGUCAAAUGUUUUACUAUCAAAAGGACAGGUAUAUAUUAAAACAAUUUGCAACUAUGUAGGCUCAUGUUUUGUAGUAUUAUUCCAAUUUUGUAAGACAUAAUUAUUAUUUUUUUUUAAGAAUUUUUUUACCGUCGCAACUUUCUUUUAUUAUGUAGUAACAAUAGAAGUAUUUACACUUAAGAUAUAUUUAAUAUAGGUUAAAGGUAUAUGUGCAGACGAUGGUUUUAAAAAUUGUCGCAAAUCUAAAAAUAUAAACAAAUAGAGAUUGUCAAGUCAUUAUUGAAUUAUAUAGGACGUAAAAAAAUCUUAUAAAUCAAUAUUUUAUUCAGAAAAUAGUCUUUAAAAUAAUCUAAUCACCUUCUGUCUGUGACUUUGUUAAAACAUCAUGUAUUCCCCUUUCCCUAGAGAAUCACGCAAAAUUCUUACUUUAUAUAAAUAUCACGUCUUUAUCCCUUACGGGGUAGACGCGUCCAAUAGUCUCAAUAAGACUCUAAAAGUCAUUUUUAUUUUUGAUGAAAUCGCCUGUCUUUGUAAUACCUCUUGUUGCUUACUACGAUAUUCACAAGAGAUGGAGUAAUCUUCUCUUACUCUCCUCUAAUUCUAUUUAACUGUAAUACUGACCAAUCGUCUGCAUUAUAAUUGUUUGUGAUCGUGUUUCCGUCCGUACAUUGUGCAAUCGUGUCUUAGACGUGCCUUUUGAGGUGGGAUGUAAGGAAUUUAUUUAUUGUCAAUAUUGUGACGAACGUAACGAGAACUGCCUUUUUGUGUAAUGUAGUAUAUUUAUUAAUUAAGAUGAAUAAACUUUUUAUUCGUAA